AUGGCUACAAACAGUGGUCGUGGUAACCCCAUCGGCGCUGAGGAAGGCCCCAGCAAGGUCGGCGAGGGCGCCCCUCCGCCUCUUUCCAACGAGACCAAGAAUGCCGUGGCUGCUGGACAGGCGACGGACCCUGUCCAUGCCGGCGGCCAGGACUCGACCAUGGCCGCCGCCGAGGCCAAGCCCAAGACGGCAAAGGAGUUAGAGAGGGAGCGCAAGAAGGCCGAGAAGAACGCCAAGUUCGCUGAGAAGCAAAAGGCAAAGGCCGCCGCCGCAGCCCAGCCCGCCCAAGCUGCCGCCAAGCCCAAGAAGGAGAAGGCUCCCAAGCCCGUCGAGGAGCCGCUGCCCGAGUACGUCGAAGACACCCCCGUCGGCGAGAAGAAGCGCCUCAAGUCCCUCGACGACCCCCAGUUCAAGGCCUACAACCCCAUCGCCGUCGAGAGCGCCUGGUACGAGUGGUGGGAGAAGGAGGGCUUCUUCAAGCCCGAGUUCAAGCCCGACGGCAAGGUCAAGGACGAGGGCUCGUUCGUCAUCGUCAUCCCGCCCCCCAACGUGACUGGCGCAUUGCAUAUGGGCCACGCCCUCGGCAACUCGUUGCAGGAUGUCAUGAUCAGAUGGAACCGUAUGCACGGCAAGACCACCCUCUGGCUUCCUGGCUGCGACCAUGCUGGUAUCGCCACGCAGAGUGUCGUCGAGAAGCGUCUCAAGAAGACGGAGAACAAGAGCCGCCACGACCUAGGCAGGAAAGACUUCAUCGACCUCGUCUGGAAGUGGAAGGACGAGUAUCACACCAAGAUCAACAGAGCCCAGCGCAAGAUGGGUGGAUCGACCGACUGGAGCAGGGAGGCCUUCACCAUGGACGAGAACCUCUCCGCGGCCGUCUCCGAGACCUUCGUCAAGCUCCACGAGGAGGGUAUCAUCUACAGAGCAAACCGCCUGGUCAACUGGAGUACUGAGCUCACCACUGCGCUGUCAAACCUCGAAGUCAUCAACAAGGAGCUUCCUGGCCGCACCUUGAUCGAGGUUCCGGGUUACAAGAGCAAGAUUGAGUUUGGUAUCAUUGUGCACUUCAAGUAUCCCAUCGAGGGAAGCGAGGAGACCAUCGAGGUCGCCACGACUCGUCCUGAGACCCUGCUGGGUGAUACCGGUAUUGCUGUCCACCCCGAUGAUGUGAGAUACAAGCACCUUGUUGGAAAGAAUGCGGUCCACCCCUUCAUUCCGGGCAGACUCAUGCCCAUUGUCGCCGACACGUACGUUGACAAGGAGUUCGGUACCGGUGCCGUCAAGAUUACCCCGGCGCACGACCCCAACGAUUUUGCCCUUGGCCAGAGGCACAACCUCAAGUUCAUCAACAUCCUCACGGACAACGGUCUGAUGAACGAGAACGCCGGACCUUACCAGGGGCAGAAGCGCUUUGAUGUUCGCUACUCGAUCCAGGAAGACCUUAAGGCAAAGGGACUCUACGUUGACAAGAAGGACAACCCCAUGUCGGUCCCCAUCUGUGAACGAUCAGGAGACGUCAUCGAGCCCCUGCUCAAGCCUCAGUGGUGGAUGAGAAUGAAGGAGCUGGCCGAGCCUGCCAUUCAGGUCGUCAGGGAUGGUCGCAUCAAGAUUAAGCCUGAGACUGCCGAGAGAAGUUACUACAGGUGGAUGGAAAACAUCAACGACUGGUGUCUGUCUCGCCAGCUGUGGUGGGGACACCAGUGUCCUGUCUACUUUGCCCAGGUUGAGGGCGAGACUGGCGACGAAUCUGAUGGCAAAAUGUGGUUCUCAGGCCGCACCGAAGAAGAAGCUCGCGCCAAGGCCGAAAAGGCUUUACCCGGCAAGAAGUUCACGCUUAAGAGAGAUGAGGAUGUUCUUGACACAUGGUUCAGCUCUGGUCUUUGGCCCUUCUCUACAUUAGGCUGGCCCAAGAAGACCCCCGACCUUGCCAACCUGUACCCCACUUCUGUUCUCGAGACUGGAUGGGAUAUUCUCUUCUUCUGGAUCGCCAGAAUGAUCAUGCUGGGACUAAAGAUGGUGGGAGAUGUCCCCUUCAAGGAGGUCUACUGCCAUUCGCUGGUCCGAGACAGCGAGGGUCGCAAGAUGAGCAAAUCGCUCGGAAACGUUAUCGACCCCUUGGACGUCAUCCGGGGUAUCCCUCUGGAGGCCCUCAACCAGCAGCUGUUGCUUGGAAACUUGAAAGACAGCGAGGUCGAGAAGGCAAAGAAAUACCAGAAGACUGCUUUCCCCGACGGUAUCCCCCAGUGCGGUGCUGAUGCCCUUCGAUUCUGCAUGGUCAAUUACACAACUGGAGGUGGAGAUAUCAACUUUGACAUCAAGGUCAUGCACUCCUACAGAAAGUUCUGUAACAAGAUCUACCAGGCCACGAAGUUCGUCUUGGGCAAGCUAGAGAGCGGCUACGUCCCGCCCGCCUCGGGCAAGCCCACCGGAAAGGAGUCUCUGGCUGAGCAGUGGAUUCUUCACAAGAUGAACCAGGCUGUGAAGCAGGUCAACGAGGCAAUCCCCAACCGGGAGUUCAGUGUGUCUACGAACAUCAUCUACACCUACUGGUAUAAUCAGCUCUGCGAUGUUUUCAUCGAGAACUCGAAGGCGCUCAUCCAGGAGGGUGCUGAGGAGGAGAAGCGUUCCGCUGUUAACACCCUCUACACUGCACUUGACAAUGCUUUGAAACUUAUCCAUCCUUUCAUGCCAUUCCUGACUGAGGAGCUGUGGCAGCGCCUUCCCCGCCGGACUGGCGAUGAGACUCGUUCAAUCAUGAUUGCCAAGUACCCUGUGUACGAUCCGGAGCUGGACAACCCUGCUGCUGAGGCCGCAUACGAGCUUGUCCUGGGUUCAUCGAAGGGUAUCCGAUCGCUGAUGGCGGAGUACGCCCUCAAGGACGAGGCUAAGGUGUAUGUCCAAACCUACGACGAGACAGCGCACAAGACUGCCGUUGAGCAGGUGCAGUCAAUCAAGUCACUUAGCGGAAAGGGUGUUACUAGCAUCGAAAUCCUGUCUGGCUCUGACUCCCGGCCAGCCGGCUGCGUCGCCUACCCCGUGUCCAGCGCGGCAACCGUCUUCCUCCACGUCAAGGGCCGAGUCGACAUUGACGGCGAGAUCGACAAGGCGACCAAGAAACUGCAGAAGACCCGCGCGGCCAUCCAGAAGGCAGAGAAGCUGCUGAACGACCCGGCGUACCAGCAGAAGGCCGACGCUGCCCUGCAGGAGAACGACCGCAAGCGGCUGGGCGAUCUCGAGUCCGAGGCCAAGGGCUUCGAGGGUACCAUCAAGCAGUUCGAGGGUCUGAAGCUGGAGUAG